AUGGAGGUAGUUGGGAAGAAGGAGGAAGACGAGUACGCGAUCAAGCCCGAGAACAUCUCGCCGACGACAGAUACUAGCACCUGGCCUCUCCUCCUCAAAAACUACGACAAACUUCGAGUCCGAACUGGUCAUUUCACUCCGAUACCUGUCGGCUGCCCUCCUCUAAAACGCGACCUCAAAUCCUACGUCUCUAGCGGUGUCAUCAACCUCGACAAGCCCUCAAACCCAUCUUCUCACGAAGUAGUAGCCUGGAUCAAGCGAAUCCUCAAGAUCGACAAAACCGGUCACUCAGGAACCCUCGAUCCCAAAGUCACAGGAUGUUUGAUCGUUUGUCUCGACCGAGCCACCCGUCUCGUAAAAUCCCAACAAGGUGCAGGAAAGGAAUACGUUUGCGUUCUCCGUCUUCAUGACAAAGUUACCUCGGAAGCAACCGUUGCUCGCGCAUUAGAAACCCUUACGGGAGCAUUGUUCCAACGUCCACCACUCAUCUCUGCUGUCAAACGUCAGCUUCGUGUCCGAACAAUCUAUGAAUCCAAACUUCUGGAAUUCGACAACGACCGCCAUCUUGCUGUCUUUUGGGUUUCUUGCGAGGCUGGAACUUAUAUCCGUACUUUGUGCGUUCAUCUCGGCCUUCUCCUCGGUGUUGGUGGUCACAUGCAGGAACUUCGAAGAGUCAGGUCCGGCGCUCUUUCUGAGAAUGAUAAUAUCGUUACUCUUCACGACGUUCUUGACGCUCAAUGGAUGUAUGAGAAUACUCGAGAUGAGACCUACCUACGACGAGUUAUCAGACCGCUUGAGAGCUUGUUGUUGGGAUACAAGAGGAUUGUGGUCAAGGACUCGGCGGUUAACGCUGUCUGCUACGGUGCGAAGUUGAUGUUACCCGGCCUAUUGAGAUUUGAGGACGGCAUCGAAGUCCACGAAGAAGUUGUUUUGAUGACAACAAAAGGUGAAGCCAUCGCCAUCGGUAUCGCACAAAUGUCUACUGUUGAAAUGACAACAUGUGAUCAUGGUGUCGUUGCCAAGGUUAAGAGAUGUAUCAUGGAACGUGAUUUGUACCCCAGAAGAUGGGGCAUGGGUCCUAUUGCUACCGAGAAGAAGAAGUUGAAGGCUGAUGGCAAGCUUGAUAAAUUUGGCCGAACCAAUGAAGCUACACCAAAGAAGUGGAAGGAGAAGUACACUGAUUACACCGCUCCAGAAGGCUCCGCUCCUGCCUCUGCCUCUGCCCCAGCUGCUGCUGCCGGAGGCGACGGCGACGUCGAGAUGAAGACCACACCAUCCACAAAAACCGAAGAAAAGAAAGAGAAGAAGAGAAAGUCAGCAGAGGUAGAGGAAACCGAAGAAGAGAAGCAGGAAAGAAGAAGACUGAAGAAACAGAAGAAGGAAGAAAAGAAGGCAAAGAAAGAAAAGAAGGCCGAAAAGGAGGACGAGGAGUAA